AUGCCAACGACAACCAAAUUCGAGGUGCUCAGGGGCAAGAAGCCGAUUUCAUGGAGGCUUCUGAUGGCUCUCAAACAGACAGGGGACGACGUCUUUGAGUCCUUGACGCCGGCUUGGCCGCCAGCCCCUUUCAAGCGAGCCUUUGGCGGCCACGUCUAUGCUCAGGCUGUCUAUGCCGCCAGCCAGACCGUGGAGAAAGGGCUCGUUGUCCAUCAAGUAACAGGGUAUUUCUUACUGCCCGGUGCCAUCGACAUCCCGUAUGUGUAUCGCAUAAGGAGGAUCAGAGACGGCGGAAUGUACUGCCUGCGAGGAGUGGACGUGUUCCAGCACUCCGAGGCGGCCGCGCAGGGCACCACGCCCUGUUUCUCGGCGCUGGUUUCCUUCAAGCGGUCCGAGCACGGGAACAAGAAAUGGUCCGGGUACGAGUACCAAAACGUGGGCCCCGAGCAUAUCAGGACACAGUACGCCGACGUCCUGGAGGGCCUAAACCCCGAAGACCACCCCCUGGCACCCGGAGCCGACGCCACGUGGUGGGAAGAGGAGGAGCAAGAAUUCUGGAGCCGCGAUGCAGCUGCCUUUCCCGGUGUCGAAACGAGGAAGGUCGACAUGGCGAAGUAUAAUGGUAAGACCCGACCCGGUGGUGGUCCGGAUGGGGCAGACACGGCUCGAUAUCGCCAACUACUCUUCUAUCGACUCAUUCAGGAUGACAAUACCAGAAAACAGGACGAUGCCGCCACUGACUUGAACCUCCAUGCUGCGGCCCAUCUUUACGCUUCGGACAAGAACUCUCUCUUCCUCAUACAGCGCGCACUCGGCUACGAGACCGUUCGCACGACAAUGGCUUCAUUGUCUCACACGGUCAUUUUCCACGGCUCGGCGGAUCAUCUGGCCAUGGUCGACGCGGAUGGGAAAUCGAAGUGGUUCGUCCAAGAGUCGUGGACCAGCAACGGCGGCGACAAUCGGGGGUGUCAUAAUAGUUUGUUGUGGGAUCGGGAUAAUGGACGGAUCAUCGCCACCACUAUACAAGACGGCAUGCUUCGGUUCCCAGCCGAGGUGGUAGAAAAGGUCAAGAAUGAGCACGGAGAUGUCAACCACGACAAAGCGACUGGAAGCAAGCUGUGA